AGCAGGAAAACAUUUCGAAACUAUGGAUGGUAUAAGAUGAUAUGACGCGUCGUAUCGACUCUUGUCAACAUGUCUACCUUCUCCUCCGUUGUCCGCAAGCCGGGCCAGAAAAUCACUCCUAAAACUGCGCCUCGACGGAAUGUCCAGAGAUCCAGUGGUCGACCUGCUGCUGCGCCGCCAUCCUUGACACCAGAGAGCCAGACGGCCAGCCCCGCCGUCGAGCCUGUCGAGGAAAGAGCAAACACCCAGGAACCAGAGACAGCCCAGACCCAGAGCGUGCUAGAAUCCACCGAGAUACCCUCCAGUUCUCAAUCAAUAGACACAUCUCUUCCGCUUCCUGCUCCGCUCGAAACAACGGACAGAGAACUAACACGAGAAGCUACCAGCCAAUCUACUGACAGAGCACCUUCAGUGUCAGUAGAAGUCAUUGCACCCAGCAGUACGAACACUGGAAUUUCAAUACUGCAUCCAGUACAUAAGCGUGCUUCUCAAUCACAGUCGGACGCCAUUCCAACCAUCACUUCCAGCACUCCGUCUGUACGUCCCACGCGAAGACUGACGAACGAACUUACACCCGCAACUUCUGAAGAACCCCAUCAAGAGAAUGACAAUGCAGCAGAGGCAGCCAGACAGUCUCCUACAGACUCACGGAAGAGACGGAAGGUCACACACUCUGCGCAGGCCAUCGAAGAAUUGCGCUCACGGACUACACCACCACCUCUACCAGAUGACGUACCUUUGUCACUAAGAACCAGUCCGCGACACAGGCGUAGCGAAUCACGAACAUCUGAAGUAUUGUUACAAGAUGCGACAAAUCAAGCUGCCGCAGUUUCCGAGCUUGCAAACUCGAUCGAGGAGAGGGCGAGAUCUCUCAGAUCACUGUCUGCAAGACCGAGCCACUCGGAGACAGAGGAUAAUGACACCCCAGAACCAAGGGAUCAAGAUGCGGAAGCGGACGCUCCAACGCGACGGAAAAGAUCGACAAAGAAACAAACACGCGCAAAGAGAAUUCAAGACGUUGCUCAACAAGUGGUCGAAGACGCAGUCGGUGCAGGAAAGAUUAAUCGACAAAAGUCACGGCUUCCCACACCUGAUAACGCCGAAGACUUGCAAAUUGACCCAGAGGAAGUGUCAAUGAGCGAUCUUACGAGAGACAACAAAGUGGGUAAGAAGUCAGAAACUGAGAAACGAAUGCAAGAGAAUUGGGCCGAUAUCCAGCAACGUCGGAAAGAAGAAGUAGAGCGCCGAAGACAAGCCGCCUCAAAGGGUAGAGGUGGAAGACAGGAAACGCUUCUGCAGGAUGCACCAGUUGAAGCUGCUCAUGUUCCUCAGCAGAUCGUCGUCAACGGACAGAUUGUGGUCGUGGCCGAGUCUCGAGAAGUUGCGUAUGGUGCAGGCGUGGAGCAAGCGGUGAUAGAAGAUGCCGAUGUGGCGCUCGAGGACGACCGGAUAUACAAAUAUGUCAAUCAAGGCACCUUGGGAAAGCACGCCGGUCAGAGCCGUCGGACUAAAUGGGAUGACGAACAGACUGAAUUGUUCUACAAAGGUCUGCGGAUGUUUGGGACUGAUUUCGCCAUGAUCGCCAAUCUUUUCCCGGCCCUCGACCGGAAACAAAUCAAGUCGAAAUUUAUCAUCGAAGAGCGAGCGAAUCCUGUUCGCGUGAAGAUGAGCGUAGCUGCGAAGGAGGCCGUCAAUCUCGAGGAAUAUGCGAAGAUGGCGAAUCAGGAAUUUGAGGAUCCCGAGAAGGUCAUGGCGGAGCUUGCGGCUGAGGAGAAGAGACUGCGCGAAGAAGACGAACGCAGACGCGCGGGCGAAGGUUAUGUUCUUGAGGGUGCAGAUGUCCCCUUGCCUUCGACUGAGAGAGACGCCGAUGGAGCCGAGGGCGUUGGCGAUGGAGAAGGCGAGACCGCUGGAGCGAAUACAGAUCGCAGAGAACGGAUUUCGGCAUUGGCAGACUCGGUCGUUGGGGCGGCUGUGGCACCGAAGAAGAGACAACCGCAGCAGCGUAGGACCACUAAAGAGCCAGCGGGUAGGGGAAGACAAGCGAAGAAAGCCAAACGACCGACCGAGGGUGUUGAAGAAAGACUCGGUCCGAUUGAUGAGGUCGGCCGGUAGAUCGCUUCUCGCACAAUAUAGUACGAACAGUCAUAGAGAGCAUGGGCUGAUUCCAACUCAUGUUGUCGAUUCGAUCAACGUUCGCAAUGCCGUUGGUGUCUUGCGUUUUACUUCUCUCUGUAGUAG